AUGGAAUCAUCCAAUACCAACGCUCAAAAUUUAGAAUACUUUAUUGAUACUCUUGACUUUGCUACUCUUGAAUCAGAUAGAGAUUCCCAAUGCGAAAAUACUAUGGAAGAAGAGUUUGAGAAAAUUAAUCAGUUCAACGAAAAAA